GUCAAACGCGCAAAAACACGUUUAUUUAGACGUCAGAAAAUCAUAUGUCAACGUGCAAAAAGUGUGGUUAUAAGUAUUAAUUUGAGUACAAUACGGUUAAAAUGUCGAUUUUGGAUGGUAGCGUGAGAAGUUCUCGUGUUUCAAUAUUAAAGGCACCAAGCCUAAGAAGUUCAUUGGUAAAAUCUGCCCCGAAAGUGAGAUUCAAAUUACCCGAUUCAAAAAAGAUCGAGUGUAUAUUGCACGAAUUCGCUAAUGGAACAAACACUAGAGACUAUGAGAAUUUAGUAGUUUUAAUUAGAGACGCUGAAUUAUUAGAUGAUGAUAUUUUCGAUUUACUAACAGAAGCUACACAGUGUAUAUCAUUGUUGAGCCAUGAAUUAAGACUUUUUGUUGAAGCUGUUUUAUCCUUAAGGUGGACGCAUUACAGCAGUAAUGUUACUGGAAUUUAUAAAUCCUUUUUGUUAAAUCUGUUAUCUGCACAUAAUUAUCAUGUUAAAUAUGCUGUUAAUAAGUUGGUAUCUAAUUUUAUACCCGAAACGAACGACGAAUGGAUUUGUGGAAUACCGAAUGAUAGUGAUUUACAAAAAUGUGUGCAUAUACAUUGGGUUUUAAAUAUAUUAAUUAAAGUUGUACCUAUGAGUCAAGAAGUAAUUUUAAACGCGUUUAGAUCACAUUUUCCAUAUCAUAAAAAAUCAACACAUGUUCAUGAAUUCUAUAUACAUAAUUUAUUAUUGGUAUUGGAAUAUCAACCUGAAUUUAGAUUGGAAAUUUUAACAUUAAUUUUUUCAAAGUUAGUUAUAUUAGAUGUAAAUGCUCCUAAAGAUGAAAUUGAAAAAGCCAAAUGUGAUUUUAUUGCUGAUAAUUCAGCGAUUCAAAUGGGUGGUGAAGAUUUUGAGGAUAAAAUACAUCAUACAAUAGGACACACUUUGGAUGUAUGUAUUGAUAGGAUAUUUAAUUAUUUUGUAUCUGAAUGUGAAGAUAGAAGAAAUGGAAAUUUAGAUUGGGAUAAAUUAAAAUUGUUAUAUAGAGAUGUCAUUUCAAUAUUUGAUAAAAUAAUUCUUCCAACACAUAAUAUCCACCAUAUACAAUUUAUAAUUUUUUAUUUGUGUUGUUUUAAAACGGCUAUAUCGGAAGCAUUUUUAAAUUAUUUAUGGAAAAAAGUUUGUUCGCCAAGUAUAGCUUCUGUUGUUAGACAAAGUGCUGUUUGUUAUAUCGCUAGUUUUAUUGCAAGAAGUAAUUUUAUUCCGCUUUCGAUGCUCAAAGGAACGCUUCAACAAAUGUCUACUUGGGCUCAUUCAUAUAUUUCAACACUAGAUGAAGUGGAAUGUGUUAAUUUUGAUGUUAGGACACAUUCGGUUUUUUAUAGUGUUUGUCAAGCGAUAUUUUACGUUAUUGCUUUUAGACAAAAAGAUCUUUUUAAUACAAAGAAAAAUUUAUCAUUUUUAGAAACGUUAAAUUUAGCAAAAAUUGUUACAUGUAGAUUAAAUCCUUUACGUGUUUGCCAACCAGCUGUUGUUAAAAAUUUCGCAGCAGUUACAAGAACUUAUCAAUUAGCAUACUGUUAUUCAGUUAUUGAACAUAAUUCUAGAAACAUUAUGAAAACUAUUUACCAUGAUGAUAAAGGUUCAACAUUAACCACUGAUAAUAUUUUGGAUAGUUUUUUUCCAUUUGAUCCAUAUGUUUUAAAACGAUCUGGUGAAAAAAUUAGACACAUUUAUUUACAUUAUAGAGAUAACGAAGAAGUUCCAUCACAACGACAGGAAAUGGACGUAGACGAUGAUUUUCUUUGUGAACAAGAAACUUCAAAGCAUCUUUUAAAAUUUUCUUAUAGUUGUUCUCCAGGAUUUCGCGUGACACAAUAAGGAAGUGAUUAUUAUGUUUUUCCUAAAUAAAUCUUUAUUAUUUA